UUGUACAUUGUCUCCAUGAAUUUAUCCUCUCCAAGAGAUGGUUCUUGGUCUCACGAUUUAUCAAAAUUCGAAUGUGCGCUGCACGAUUACAAUCUAGCGCCGUCAGAGUUGAAAAAGUUGAGAAACAAACAGAGGAAACAACGUAGAAAGGCGGAGCUGGAGCGGCAGCAGGCUGCCCAAGCGCAAGAGAAGAAAGAGCAGCACAACAAGUCACGGCAACAAACCGAUCCCGAUUUAGAACAGCCUACGCUAGACGAACUUAUACCGGAGAAACUGGAAAGGGUCGAGGAUCCUCUCGAGCAGGCAAUCAAAUUUUUACAACCUUUGCAAGACCUGGCAUCAGAUAGAAUAGAAACGCAUCUUAUGGCAUUUGAAAUAUACAUUCGCAAAGGUCGUACGUUGCUGAUGUUAAGGUCGAUAAAACGUGCACACGGUCUAAAUCCCAACAAUCCGGACCUCCAUACGUGUCUAGUACGUUUCAUGUUGUACAUUAACCGUUCACCGUUGGAAGGACCAGUGGGUGAGGUAGUGAAACGUCAAACCGCAGGGAUCUACUCGACAUCAACGGCCACUCAGCUAAACGCGGAAUUCCUAAAGAAGAAUCGAAACUCACUGCCGCAUCUGCUCCAGGGCGCGAAGAUACUAUACGUCCUGGACCCGUCCGCUCAAACGAAAGCUCUCUCCCUCGUCACAAACAUUGAUGAUCUCGAAGGUGUAACACUGCAAAAUUGUACAAAGGUACUGGAGUCGUUGCGUAACGGUGACUUUGGCCACUGUGACUCGACGAUCGCCGACUAUAUGACUAAAUGUCACAAAUACUUUCCAUACGCGACCGCUUUUCGACCGUCGGAAACGAAGGUGACGGUAACGAUCAAACAUCAAGAGAAAGAGAAUUCCAUCAAGAACUGAUCCAGGUACGCGCUAUCCAGCGUUACUGAAUCAUUAUGUAGUUAGACAACGAGGUGGUAAAGUACAGUGUGUAAAAUAUAUGAAAACGUGCGUAAACUAACACAUUGGUACAAAAAUACAAGACUUGAAAUGCAAGAUUCAUAUGCGCGCUCUAUGAAUAUUUCUACUUGAUGUUAAGGUGUACUAUUUUCAGUGAUGUCUACAUAAAUACUCUACUGUGUAGAGUUAGCAAUUGUUGUAUUUCUAGAAGAAGAACGUUGGAUUGUUCACUCGACAAGUUUUUUGCGAAAACUUAGCGUUUUCCUUCAAGAAGUACGAUUUUAUUUCUGUAUUUAAAGCCAGGGUAAUGAUCUACGUCUGGAUUGGAGCCCUGAUAUUCCAUCGAGAGAGAGCAGCCAAUAUGAAAAUAGUAUCCGUUUGCGAAAGUCUCUGUGAAAGUUAUUGUAAGAACAAUAAAA